GAGAUGGUAGUGAACUGACACAGCUACCCUCCGCUCUCUCCCGACCGAGGCGAGCCACUGACAGCAUCACCGACAUGCCCCGCAAGGUGGAAUCCGUUUAGCCGGUGCGGCUAGUCAGGCUAGCGACAAUUUAACAACAUUUAAGGCGCUAUUCGACGGACGUGUACAUUUUUCCUGCGAGGUUGCGAGGCCGCUGUGGCUCCCGACAUAAAUCGCCAUGGCAUCGGCAAACGUUACACUGGAGAAUCAGCUGCAGAGUGCACAGAAAAACCUGCUCUUCCUCCAGCAGGACCAUGCCAGCACGCUGAAGGGGCUGCAUGCAGAGAUCCGCAGAUUGCAGCAGCAGUGCACAGACCUGACAUACGAGCUCACUGUGAGAAGCUCAGAUCCCUCAGACAGCAGCGAGGUCCGAUGCAAGGAGCUGCAGAGGAGGUGUGAGGAGCUGGAGGCCCAGCUGAAGAAGAAGGAGGAGGAGAACACGGAGCUGCUCAGGGACCUGGAGCAAAAGAACGCCAUGAUUUCGGUCCUAGAAAACACCAUCAAAGAGAGGGAGAAGAAGUACCUGGAAGAGCUGAAGAUGAAGAGCCACAAGCUGGCCGUGUUGUCCGGGGAGCUGGAGCAGAGAGCCAGCACCAUUGCCUACCUUACCUCGCAACUCCAUGCCACCAAGAAGAAGCUUCUAGCCGGCAGCUCCUCGGAAGCAAGUCCCAACGUCAGUCCGGUGGCCUCGUACAAGCCCACGCCCCCCCCGGCCAAGGACAGGCAGCCCGAGACCCCCCGCCGCCGCAUGAAGAAGAGCCUGUCCCAGCCGCUGCACCCGGAGCUGACCGAGGUGUACCGCCACGGCUCCGACGGCCGCCGGCUGGUGCUGCGAGAGACAGUGGACGCCAUGCCGGACCCCACCCCGUUCCUGCAGGCGGGCAGAGAGUCCCCCGAGCCCCAGGUGGUGCGCGAGCGGCCCACCAUCAUCCCCCCCAUCGCCUCCGACCGCUCCCCGGUGCCGGCGGCCAGCCCCCGCCACAGCCCCGCACGGGACCGCCAGCACAGGGCCCACGUGGGCGUGGCACACCGCAUCCCGCACGGCACCCCCCUGCUGGCCCCCCCGCAGGCCGAGCUGGAGACGCUGGCCGUGGAUCAGAUCAAAGAGGAGAAGGUGGUGCGGAAGCGCUCGGGAGCCGACAGAACAGUUUAA